UGACGAACAUUUUUUGUUAUUUGACCAAUCAAUUAAUUUACUCAUUAUUCUGUCUUGUGUCUGUGCUUGGAUAGAACAUGCUUUCGAUUGGUUUUAUCCAAUGAAAUUAGCUUGGAAUCAGUUCAUUUUAGAAUGAAAAACAAAAACACAUCUUAUUAUUAGUCGCGAACAUGGAAUGUUUACAAAUUCAGUUCACUGAUGUUUAUGAUGAAUGGUCGACUCAAAAAUACCUGAAACUGGAGCAUAUCAACAUAUGCAUGUUACAUAUAAAUUUUUAUUUCUUGAAAUGCAAAUAAUUCGUUUAAAAAUGGGACCUGCACGAAAUAAGGAAUGGACCUGUUGUUUUGGAUUUCAUGUUCGCACAAUCACAAUUUUUAUUGGAGUGUGGCACUUGCUUUUGAAUAUGUUGACACUUGGAAUCUUGGCGACAAUUAUCCGAAAUCCAGCAAUGAUGCAAGAAUUGGAAAGCGGUUAUGACGAUUUUGGUCGAUUAGAAGCACUGCCAACUCCCUUGAGUAAGAUUGACCCGCCAUACGCUUAUCGGGAUCACUCUCUAAAUUAUCAAAACGUUGAUUUGGGUGGAUUUGUAUGCAUUUGCAUGAUUGCGAUAUCACUGAUGCUUAUUUUUGGAGCUGUAAAGUAUAAGCCAUCUCACUUGCUGCCGUUCUUUUGCUUGCAACUUUUUGACUUUGCUAUUACGACUUUAACUGCAGCUGGAUAUUUGUGCUUCUUGAGAUCAAUACAUAGCAUAAUAGAUGAAAGUCACCGUUUGCCAUGGCGAGAAGAACUACUUAAAUUGAGUCCACACUUACUUGGCGUUGUCGUUUUGUUUGUUUUUCUAACAGUUGUUCUGCUCAAGGCAUAUGCCAUUGGAAUUGUUUGGCGUUGCUACAAAUAUUUAACGAUGCGACAACAUAAUAUUCAAUCAAUGUUACCAUACAUUAUCCCAGAUAAUGUCGUACGUCAGGACCUCUUGCCCGACUAUGAAGAAGCAAUCCAAGGUAUGAAGCAACAGCCUCCACCACCAUAUUACCAAGCGAUGACAGGAAGUCAAAUGGUUCCGAACAACAUAAACGAGAAUCAAUUUAUGCAAUCAACUGCUGGAAACAUAGAGAUUGAUCCACCAGCCUACGAAACAGAAGGAAAUUAUACACCGUUUGCAAAUCACAUACCGUUAUCUCAAACUGGUUCAAUUGCAAGUGAAGUUGAUAUCCUCCCUCAAAUAAAUAGACAGUUUCAAGAACCUUCAAUCAACUAGAAGAUUAACACAAGAAUUGGUUAGCGUCAGCAAUCUAUGCUUAGAAACAAUUUAAUGGAAAUAUACGCAAGUAUUUGUGCGUUUGCAGAAUUUGAAACAGAACCUAAAAUUAGCUAUUUAUAAGUUUGGAACUUUAUGUAGCAAGAUUCAAAAGGCAAACUUUCAAUAUAUACAAGAAAUAUUAUAUUCAUCAAUUGAAUAAAUAAAAUGGAUUAAAUGUAAAAAA